CAGCCGCCUAGAGCAGACUUACCUAAAAUAAAAGUUAAUAAAGAAAACAGAAUUUGCCAAAAAUAAUAAUUUUCCUUAAAAAAUGUGCAAACGUGGCUUGGAAACGCUCCUCCCUAAUUAUGGACUAACGCUGUUGUUGGUGGGUUGUAUUUUAGCCGCUGCACAUGAGCGACCCUGUCCGAUAGCAUACAGAUGUGCAGAUGUUGAAGAAGUCGUCUGGUCCACGGAUGGCAGCAAGUGUUUUGUGUGGCGAAAUGGCUGUCACUUGAAAAAUGAAAAUUGUCAGCGUCUAAAUAGUAAACGAGAAGAGUUGCGAGAAGUCACCAAAGAAGAGUGUCAGGAAAAGUGCGUUGACGCCUGUAUAGAGAUUUAUAGCCCCGUUUGUGCUGAAUAUAACGGUGUUAGACGCACCUUUUCGCAUAGUUGCGCUUUGGAAGCCCAUAUUUGUCGCUCUGGAGAGACGUACAGUUUGUUUGGCUACGCGGAGUGUGGUACAAAUUAGUUCGUAACUCUCCAAUCUUGUGGGUUUCACGAGCUUGUCAUUAAUUUACAGUUAAUAGUGUUUAACAUAUGUAUGCAUUAUUAAAACGGAUAUAUUCUUUCAUAAGUAAUUAGCACAAGAAAAAAUGUUAACUUCGGCUAACCCCAAGCUACAGCGUCUACCAAUAAGGCUCGUGGCUGUCAUCCU